AUGUUCCUGGUUGGACUCUCGGGUGGAAUUGCAUCAGGGAAGAGCACGGUGGUGGCCCUGCUCCGGGACCUGGGCUGUGCUGUCAUCGACGCCGACCUCAUUGCCAGGGAGGUGGUGCAGCCCCCCUUGAAGGCCUAUCAGGAGAUCGUCCGUUCCUUCGGCACCCGGGUCCUCCUGGAGAACGGGGAGAUCGAUCGGGAGGCUCUGGGGAACAUCAUCUUCUCCCAGCCAGAGAAGAGGCUGCUGCUGAACUCCAUCACCCACCCGGAGAUCCAGAAGGUGAUGCUGAAACAGAUCUUGAAGUACUUUGUGCUGGGCUAUCGCUACGUCAUCCUGGACAUCCCCCUGCUCUUCGAGACCAACAGGUUGACCAAGUUCAUGAAAUACACGGUCUUGGUUUAUUGUGACCCCAAGACGCAGCUCUCCAGGCUGAUGAGGAGGGACCAGGGGCUGUCCCUGGCUCAGGCCCAGGCCCGCAUCUCCUCCCAGCUGCCCCUGGACCAGAAACGCCCGCUGGCCACUCACGUCAUCGACAACUCUGGGGCCUGGGAGAGCACCCACCAGCAGGUCCUCAGCCUGCACUCCCACCUGGAGGAUUCCCUGCAUUUCCUCUGGGCACGGCUGGCAGUGGGGGGGGCUGUGGCCGGGCUGGGGGGGCUGGUGACCCUGCUGCUCUGGCGUUUCAUCUCUUAA